UCAGGACUACAAUUCCCACAGUGCCUCUCGCGCGAGGCACUUCCUCUUCCGGUUGCACAAGGCGCCCACUCCGGUCGACGUGUUCUUCCGGUGGCGGAGUGGCGGCUUACCCUGUGCGGGGCAAAAUGGAGCUCGAGGCCAUGAGCAGAUAUACCAGCCCAGUGAACCCAGCUGUCUUCCCUCAUCUGACUGUGGUACUUUUGGCCAUUGGCAUGUUCUUCACCGCCUGGUUCUUCGUCUAUGAGGUCACUUCUACCAAGUACACUCGAGAUAUCUACAAAGAGCUUCUCAUCUCCUUGGUGGCCUCACUCUUUAUGGGCUUUGGAGUCCUCUUCUUGCUGCUCUGGGUCGGCAUCUACGUGUGAGCUCCUGAGGGUACCACUCAGGCGGCUUCACUGAAUCUCUGCUUUUGUAAAUUAAUUUUUUUUUUUUUUUUUUUUACUUUGC